CCCCCGGCGGCGUGAGGGAGCGUGUUUGGGAGGGAAGGAGGGGGUGGAAGCCGGGCUGGGGCGGCCAGCAGGCGAUUUGCAUGAAAGGCAGACUGGGAAUGAGCCGGAGUGGGCGCCGCUGCGCGCACGCAGAGCGGGGCAGCAGGGGGAGGAGGGAGCCGGAGCCGCCGCCGCCGCCGCCGCCGCCGCCGCCGCCGGGGAAGCGCGGCGAACUCCGGGCAAAGUUUGGUGCCGAGGCCCCGAGGCGCUGAGGCACCGCGGGCCGUUGCGGCGCAGCGCAGCGGCGGGCCAGCGCCGCCCGGGGCCGGGCCUGGGGGUGCCCGCGGGGCGGCAGCGGCGGGGCCGGGGCGGCCGGGCCGCGGCGGGCCGGGCCGGGCCGGGCCGGGCCGGGCAGCAUGUCCUCCAUCCUGCCGUUCACUCCUCCCAUCGUCAAGCGGCUGCUGGGCUGGAAGAAAGGGGAGCAGAACGGGCAGGAGGAGAAAUGGUGCGAGAAGGCGGUGAAGAGCCUGGUGAAGAAGCUGAAGAAGACGGGGCAGCUGGACGAGCUGGAGAAGGCGAUCACCACGCAGAACAUCAACACCAAGUGCAUCACCAUCCCCAGAUCGUUAGAUGGCCGGCUGCAAGUGUCUCACCGGAAAGGUCUUCCCCAUGUGAUCUACUGCCGCCUGUGGCGGUGGCCAGACCUCCAUAGCCACCAUGAGCUGCGUGCCAUGGAGAUGUGCGAGUAUGCCUUCAACAUGAAGAAGGACGAAGUCUGCGUCAAUCCCUAUCAUUACCAAAGAGUGGAAACCCCAGUGUUACCUCCAGUGUUGGUACCUCGGCACACGGAGAUUCCAGCUGAGUUCCCGCCGUUAGACGAUUAUAGUCAUUCUAUUCCAGAGAACACUAAUUUCCCAGCAGGUAUCGAGCCACAGAGCAACUACAUUCCAGAGACACCCCCUCCAGGCUAUUUGAGUGAGGAUGGAGAAACUAGCGACCACCAGAUGAACCCCAGCAUGGAUGCGGGUUCUCCAAACUUAUCACCAAAUCCUAUGUCUCCAGCACACAAUAAUCUCGACUUGCAGCCUGUUACCUACUGCGAGCCAGCUUUCUGGUGCUCGAUAUCUUACUAUGAACUCAACCAGCGAGUGGGAGAGACGUUCCACGCUUCCCAGCCCUCGAUGACCGUGGAUGGUUUCACCGACCCAUCAAAUUCUGAGCGCUUCUGCCUCGGUUUGCUGUCUAACGUGAACAGAAAUGCAGCAGUGGAGCUCACAAGGCGACACAUUGGAAGAGGAGUGAGACUCUACUACAUUGGCGGGGAGGUGUUUGCUGAGUGCCUUAGUGACAGUGCCAUUUUUGUCCAGUCUCCCAACUGCAACCAGCGCUACGGCUGGCACCCAGCAACAGUUUGCAAGAUUCCACCAGGGUGUAACUUGAAGAUUUUUAACAACCAGGAAUUUGCCGCUCUCUUGGCUCAGUCUGUCAAUCAGGGUUUCGAAGCUGUGUAUCAGCUCACCAGGAUGUGCACAAUUCGGAUGAGCUUUGUCAAGGGAUGGGGAGCAGAAUACAGGCGGCAGACCGUGACCAGUACUCCCUGCUGGAUUGAACUGCAUCUGAACGGUCCUUUGCAGUGGCUAGACAAGGUCCUCACGCAGAUGGGCUCCCCCAGUAUCCGUUGCUCCAGUGUCUCCUAAGGAAGUAUCUCCCGGGGGCGGUGGCGGGGGACAAGGACUCUGGAAAAUGGAAUUGGUUGAACCCUUAGCAAAAUGCAUAAUAAACAAAUUCCCAGUUAUUGAAGUGAUGAGAAAAAAAAAUCUGCUAAAGAAUUGGGGUUUCUUUGUUUUGUUUUUUGUUUUUAAACUAAAUGCCCAUUUAAGCCACUUCACUGAAACUGUUAGCACUUUGGUUACAACGCCGUGGGCCACUGCGGUCAGAAUUUGGAGCUGAAGUCGAUCACGGUAGAAAACAGGACUUCGUUUUGGCGGAGGGAAGCCAGUGCUCUGCCUCCAGGUGUGUUGUGCCUGUCCAGGCUUUCGCUACGGGCUGCUCCGAGCACGCAGGAGCCGCUGGCACCGGCUGGGCCCGGGGAGACCCCCCGUUUGCCUCGGAGAGCUCCGGUCACCUGUCACACAGCAUCUCCAAAAAGCCAGAUACCCUGGGACAUCGGGACGACUCCUGCGCCUGCGAUGCUGUCUCCAUCUGACGCACGCCUCUGUCCUCUCCAGGACUGCAGCAGCUUGCAGAGGAGAAAGGAAGCAUUUAAAGCACACACAAAAACUAACUCCCCCCCGGUAAUGGUCCCAAAAGGAAUGAAUUUCCCACGCUGGACAGCUAGCAAGGUGGCACAGUCUUGCUUCUUGCCUGAGAUGCAGCUGGUUGAUUGUCUCAGACUGGAUUUACAUGACGCAAAAGGCCAAAGUUGAGGCUCCUCCUGAUCUUGCUGCAGCGACUUUGACGAGCUGCUUGCCAACAGACGUUGUAACGUGGGGAGCUCUUGCUGGAUAAGUUAAGCCUUAGUUACUGUGCAGUCUAUUUGCAUUAACUACAGAAAGUUUGUAUUCUAUUUUCUCAAUAUGUCGGAUGGUGUUUGCCACUUCUUACGUCUUGGGGGCGUAGUGAAUUCAGUGUGCAGGUCUGCUCUGGUGACGGGAGUGACCAGGCCCGUGCUGCCGCUCUCAGAAGGCGCAGCUGAGCACAUUAUCCCAUGUUGUCACACGCAAGUGCUCAUGAACCAGGACAUCUCAGACACAAAACCUCUGUUAGAAAACUUAUUUCAGCUGGUAAAAUGCUCUGAGAUGUGUUUUUGCCUGGAGAAAUUGGGAGAGUGUAUUUACAUGUAUUAUAAAAUGUUCAUUUUAAAUAUACAUGCUCCAGACUGUUUAAUAUUUUUUUUCCCUGCAGCAACUGUCAUGACAGACAACUCCCACAACUGGAAAAACCCCCUAGCACUUGUUUUUAUGGUUCAGAUUUGCCAAAUAAGUCUCAUAACUUUGUCAGUGCUAUCCAAUUAUCUGUUUCUUUAUAUCUGUGUUAAACAUCAUGUGCAUCGUGCCAAAAUAUUAGAAGGGGAAGGGGAGAAAACGAUAACCAGAAUUUCCUAUGGAAAUUUUUUUUAAUAUAUAUAUAUAAAAGACAAACACACAAGCUAGGUCUGGCUCUGAGAAGGACAGACUGUGAUGGACUUUGCAAUGGUUUGUGUUAAGGCUUUAGUCCUGCAAGCUUUUAUGCUCCUAGGUGCAGACGCGAGCAGCCCCACUGAGUUCGGUGGACGUUUUCCUGCGCGCCAGGCUCGGAGGUUUGCAGGCUCGGAGGUUUGCAGGCUCGGAGGUUUGCAGGCUCGGAGCCCUGCUCCCACAGCGGGCUGCUGACGUGCAGUAUCGUUGCAAACACUUAUCAGGAAUUUCCACGUACCUGCCUGUCCGUGUAGCGAGGCUUUUCCGAUGUGCUUGUUCCUUUGGCAGCGUGCCACUUCUCGACCCAGCUCCUUGGUUUGCAGAAACAACACUCGUGGACCUGAGACGUCGGCAAGAGAGAGAGAGACGCCUCGUUCGGGGCGCAGGACGGUGCUCUGCGGUUUGCCCUGCUACGUUAGCCGAAAGGGUUGGAGAGCGGCUGUGCCGCUGCCUUCGCCCUCCAAAGCCAGUGCAGAAGGCUCCUGGCCAGUGUGUCUCACCAAGCAAAUAAAGGGAUGCUUUAGAGGAGAGUUUUCUUCCAGAAAUGAGAGCUGACAUUUUAUAAAUGAAACUUAAAUCUGAGGAAGACUUUGAUUGUGCUCCUGAACGAGACAGGCGCUUCUGAAUAUCCUCCUGCAGGACUUUGGCUGGAGCUUUCCUUGUGCACCAAGGCUUGUACCAUAGCACUGGAGGUUUUCUAGGAUUUUCUUAGUUUUUGCAAUGUGUCUGAUUUUAGUUAAAUCUCUGAUUGCAUGGACUUGUGCAAGGAGAACAUCUGUAUAAAAUACUAUUUUCUAGCCACCUAAAAAGUAGGUCUGUCUUGUGGAUUGAUUUGGUGUAUACGUUCAGCUGUAGGGUUCAAACACAGUGGCAAACAAAAAUCGAUUCUGACUUUUGUGGAAGUAUUUGACUUGCUGUUUUAGUGAGAGAGAAAAAACUGCGGUGUAAAAAUGGCCCCCGGUCUCCUCCCUGAGUGUCUUUAAGUCGUAUUUGCUUAUUUUACUGGACUGUUUUCAUUAUCUCCAUAAUCUUGGAGGAAGUUCGACUCUGGUGCCUCGUGCAUUAGCAACAAAAAUGACAUCUUAAAUUCCAGCGUCAGAGCAUUCAUUCCCUGGGAUGGUGCGUGCAGGAGCCCGGCCUGACCCUGAGGUUACAAGCUGGAAUAAACCCUGACUUUAAUACGAAGUUUGCACACAGAAUCGCCUCCUCGGCCCAACCACAAAUCGGAUCUGGACUUCUCUGACCCAGUUUUAUCUGCCCUCGGUGAGGAAGGGUGGUAAAUUGCUAACCUUUAUUAAUACUUGCCUUUCCACAAACAGGAUUCAGAUGAGGCAUGUAAACUUUGCUUAAUCUCACCUCAUCAUCCCUUAAGUAAAAUGACUUCAAAUGGAAAAUGUAAGCCUGUCUAGCAGUAGUUAGAUAAAACAGAGAGGAGAAGAUUAUCCCUACUAAAGUAUUAAUUUCCUCUCCUCCCCCCUGUUUGCCUUUUCACUAAUUCAUAAAAGUUUUAUGGUUUCUAAAGUUACCUUAUAAAGUCAAAUGGAAAGUCCUGAACCGUGCAGCAAAUGAAAAGAUAAAGGCCGGGGAAGGGGGCUGAUCCCAGGGACGUUCCGGUUGAGUCUCCUUCCACGUCGCACGGUCGGAGCGGCCCGUGCAGAGGGAAGCCAGCUCCCCGCCGGAGCCGCAGCGUACUCGGUCCUGGCCUUCGCGGGGACGCUAACACGAGGGAAGAGGUGGCAUUUGGCCGUAGGUGACUGUAGGCAGCAGUGCCCCCGAGGUGCACGUGGCUUCUUGUUUUUACUUUCUUUUCUGAAACUUUAUUAAAGUAGCUUUGAUAUGUAGCACAAAUGUAUGCAAUCAGCCACGCGCUAGCUUAGAUUACGUAUCUGUACUGGAAUAUCUUCUCAUUUAGUGGUAGUCUUAGCUAGUUUUAUCAGGAUUUCAUACAUUUUUGUUACAAGUAGAGAGUCACUAGCAGGAACUUUGACUCUUUUUAACUGGUGUAGCCGUACACAAGGGCCUGGCUGCUGGCAGAUGAUACUGAUGGCCUUGUGGUUUUAAAUGACUGUGGUGAUUUUUUUAUUAUUAUUAUUAAUGUAUUGAACUGAAUUGCAGUGUGUAUUUUGUGCUAAGCUUGUCUUAGAAGUAAUCCAGUGCUAUCCACUCAGAUUCAAUUACCAGGAAGCAGCAUGCAUAUGUUCAAAGGUGGAGAAACCUGAUCAUAUCCAAUUUCCUCAGAGCUCUGGCUGCUCAUCUUUGCCAUGGAAAGGUGAGGGAGGGGUGACCUCUGAGAAAGAGCUAAGCGAAGUAGUUUCCUCCUCCCUUAAGGACCAGCGUACUGGGCAGCACGCAGAGGACUGCUUUACAGGGUGAAGAGUAUGCAGCUCUCCAUCUCAAGCAGCAAGUAUUGGCAUCCCUGCCUUGUGCCUUACUAAACGGAAAAAGCACAAGGAAGGAAUGAGAAGAACGCAGCUCAGUGCAGGACUUCAGCCGUAUCACAAAGCAUCUGUGAGCUCUCCUAGUUCGCUAAGGUACUGGAUAGGUAGGAGGAACAGAGUAUCACAAAUAAGCUGGUAAGCUAGAAUGAGAAAUAAUUAGUCACUAUAUAGUAGUUGAUUGAGCGGUAUGGUUAAGAAAUUCAAUAUAUGUUUUUUUUAUUAUGUACAUGCUUUUGUAUUUAUGUUGUCUUUCUGAAUACUCAGAUGAAUCAAAUAUUUAAUUUUUAACAGGAAGGGCAAUUAAGGAUUCAAAGUCUUAAAUCUUUCAUAUGUUCCUUUCUGGUGAUUGCUAGAAAUUAGGAAGUUGCUGAUGUGAGAACAAGAGACUCGCCUCAGAACUGAGCAACAAACUCUGGCAAAUGAAACAAAAUCAGGACUUCUGCAGCAGCCUUUGCCUGAGUUGCUGUUUUAUGUUUUAGCAACGAGUCAGGUUCCCAGAUGGGCCUUUGAGUUGUGCUCUUCAGGUCUUUUCAGAUUUAUGAACAACUGAAUGAGGCUUUAAAAAGAAAAGAAGAUAUUACUCAAUAAAAGUUUUGGUUCAUCUGCUGUUUCCUCCGGUAUGUGGAUGCUAGAGGAGUCUGCACCAGUUUUUGCUGCCGAGAUGCAUCUAGUUCACUGUCCCGACGGAGGCAGCCUCCUUCCUUCACUCUCGAUUGAACUGUUCCCCCUUUGAUAGAUAUGUAUGAGCAUGUUCACAUUAGCGUUUAGAUUUUCUUAACCUGAGAUUGUAUGUUAAUGACUGGUGAUGUCACCUACAUGCUUUAGCUUGUUAAGCAUUAUUCACCUAUUUUGUUACUAAAGGCCUGUACUAUGUAUGCCCUCUUAUAUAUGUGAAACUGUAAGUUCUAUUUUUGACAUUUUAAUAAACUUUGAUUUGAAAACUGA